UCCUGAAGAACUAUGGAGAGAAUCCGGAGGAUUACAAUGAUGAGUUGAAGAAGCUUGAACAGCUCAGGCAGAAUGCCGUGAAUGUGCCCAGGGACUUUGAGGGGUGCAGCAUUUUGCGCAAAUACUUGGGGCAGCUUCACUACCUGCAGAGUCGCAUUCCGAUGGGGGUCGAGCAGGAGGCAGCCGUGCCCAUCACCUGGACAGAGAUCUUCUCCGGCAAGGCUGUUACUCACGAGGACAUCAAGUAUGAGCAGGCCUGUAUCCUCUACAACCUGGGUGCCUUGCACUCCAUGCUUGGGGCCAUGGACAAGCGAGUCUCAGAGGAGGGCAUGAAGGUCUCCUGUACCCAUUUCCAGUGUGCGGCAGGCGCGUUCACUUACCUUCGGGACCACUUCCCUCAUUCCUACAGCGUGGACAUGACUCACCAAAUCCUGAAUCUGAAUAUCAACCUCAUGCUGGGCCAAGCUCAGGAGUGUCUCCUGGAAAAGUCCAUGCUGGACAACCGGAAGAGCUUCCUCGUGGCCAGGAUCAGUGCCCAGGUGGUGGAUUACUACAAAGAGGCAUGCCGAGCUUUGGAGAACUCAGACACAGCCUCCCUGCUGGGAAAAAUCCAGAAGGACUGGAAGAAACUGGUGCAGAUGAAGAUCUAUUACUUCGCUGCUGUGGCCCACUUGCACAUGGGAAAACAGGCAGAGGAGCAGCAGAAGUACGGGGAGAGGGUCAUCUAUUUCCAGAGUGCCCUGGAUAAGCUCAACGAAGCCAUUAAGUUGGCCAAGGGCCAGCCAGAAACGGUGCAGGAAGCGCUGAGAUUCACCAUGGAUGUCAUUGGAGGAAAGUACAAUUCUGCCAAGAAGGACAACGACUUUAUCUACCACGAAGCCGUCCCUGCUCUGGAUACUUUGCAGUCGAUUAAAGGUGCCCCUCUGGUGAAGGCUCUCCCAGUCAACCCCACGGAUCCGGCUGUGACGGGCCCGGAUAUUUUUGCCAAACUGGUCCCAAUGGCUGCCCACGAGGCCUCAUCGCUCUACAGUGAAGAGAAAGCUAAGCUGCUGAGAGAAGUGAUGGCCAAGAUUGAUGCCAAGAAUGAGAUCCUGGAACAGUUCAUGGACUCUCUCCAGCUGGACCCUGAAACAGUCGACAACCUGGACAUGUACAAUCACAUUCCACCCCUCUUGAUGGAGAAAUGCGCAGCCCUUAGUGUGCGCCCAGAGACAGUGAAAAACCUUGUCCAGUCCAUGCAAGUACUUUCUGGAGUUUUUACAGACGUGGAAGCCUCUCUGAAGGAGAUCAAAGACCUGCUAGACGAAGAUGAGUCUCAGGAGCAGAAACUGCAAGAGAUGUUGGGGAAGCUGCCCCCGCAGCAGGAGUGCCCGCUCUCCUCUGCUGCUGGGGUAGCGGAAGUGGCCAAGGAGUGGGCCAAGUACAUGGAGGUGCACGAGAAGGCGAGCUUCACCAACACCGAACUGCACAAGGCCAUGAACCUGCACAUCGUCAACCUGAGGCUGCUCAGCGGGCCCUUGGAGCAGGUCAAGGCAGCCUUGCCCACACCCAGCCUAUCUGAAGAUGACAAGCAAGGGAUGCAGAACCUGAAGCGCAUGUUGGCCAAGGUGCAGGAAAUGAGAGACCAGCGGGUGUCCCUGGAGCAGCAGCUGCGCGAGAUGAUCCAGAAGGACGACCUCACCACCUCUCUGGUGACCACAGACCAGUCCGAGAUGAAGAAACUCUUUGAAGAGCAGCUGAAGAAGUAUGACCAGAUCAAGGUCUACUUGGAGCAGAACCUGGCUGCCCAGGAGAACAUCCUCAAAGCUCUGACCGAUGCCAACGUCAAGUAUGCUGCCGUACGCAAAAUCCUGGCUGAGGUGGAGCACAAGUGGAACACGACCCUACAGACUCUGGUGGCUUCCUAUGAGGCUUACGAGGACCUGAUGAAGAAAUCACAGGAGGGCAAAGAGUUUUAUGCCGACCUCGAGAGCAAAGUGGCGAAACUCCUGGAGAAAGCCCAGGCUGCCUGUAAAGUAGCUGAAGGGAACCGGCAGCAGAUUUUGGAGAAAGAAAUGAAGAGGAAGCCUCCCCCCCGGCCCACCACCCCCAAACCGGCCUUGCAGAAGAAGGCUUCAGACGCGGAGCUGGCCGGCGAGCCUCCAGCCCUGGCCUCCCCCUCCCUGGCCGACCUGCCAGAGGAGCUACGCAGCCUGCCACCAGAGGUCCUGGCCGCUCACUUGGCGCAGCUGCCCGCAGACGCCUUGGCCGCUCUCCGGAUGGAGCCAGCCUCGGCCUGUGCUGGGCUCAGGGGGCCCGCGGGCGAGGCCUUUGGGGGCAUCAGCCGGCUCAGGCCUCCCUUUGACCCGGGGCAGUGCCCGGGGGAGCCAUUUAUGGGGUGGGACCGCUGGCUCCUUCCAGUGGGGUGCUGCCAGCAUGCCAGCCUGCGCCUCUUUCAUGGGGGCCGGCCAGCAGCCCGGCCGGCGCCUCUGGAAGGGAGGCCUCCUGCCCAGGUCCCCAGCCACUACAGGCCCCCCCGAUUCCCUCCACACACGCAGGGGGUCCGGCCCGCCACCACCACCGUGGACAGCAUCCAGGCCCCCAUCUCCAGCUGCACGGCUCCCCAGGGGAUGACUGGCUCCCUCCCCCAGUGGGCUGGGCCUCCUUCCCAAGGCGGCUUUGUGGGGGGACCGCAGGGGACCGCCCCCUUUCCCUUUGCCUACGUCCCGGCAGGCGGAGCUCCCUUCCUGCAGUCAGGGCCGGCCCCGUUCUCAGCUGCUCAGCCCCAGCCAGGCUUCCCACCUCAGGGACCACUCCAGCCGCCCCCUGACCGCCCGCCUUGUCUGCAGACCAUGGCAACAAUGCUGCCCCCCCAGCAGCAGCUGCCCCCCUUCCUGCCCCAGACCCAGCAGCCACAGCCGGCCUUCCCCCAGCCUUACGCACCCCAGGCCCCAGGCCAGCCAGCGCUCCCGAGUCCGGUCCCUGCGCAUCCUCCCAGUCAAGGGCAGCUCCCCCUCCAGCUGGGGCCUCGGCACUAUCAGAUGCCCCCCCGUGACCCACUGCCUCCCCAUUCGGGUACCUUGGCCUUCCCCACCACUGUCCCUGGAGGCAUGAUGGGCCCUGUUCAACAGGUCCCCCUUCAUCCUGGGCCUCCUGGCGCACCAACCCCAAUCGCUUUUGCUGCUGUUCCCCCUGCUUCAGCCCAGCUUCCUGGCACCGCUGUGGGGCUAGUGGGCCCUCAGCCCCCUCCUGUGAGCCAGCCUCCCCUUCAUCAUGUUCCUCCUCCUGCCAGCCCGGCUCUGAGCCAGGUCCCAGGUGGUGGAGCGGUUCCCUCGCCAGCUCCCUCUCCUCGGCCCUCCAUGACCCUCCCGGCGCCCUGCCUCCUGCCCUCCCAGCUCCCCCCCUCCUCUCUGGCUCCCGGGGCCACAUCACUCCCCCAGGCUCCCUCCGAGGCCCCCUUCCAGCGGCAGAGCUCCUCCACGGACGACCUUCUGUCCUCCAGCCCCGAAAGCCAGCAUGGGGGGGCCAAGGCUGCGGUCAGCCAGCCACUCCUGCAGCCCACCAAGGCAGACGCCACGGACGGGCUGAAGCCCAAGGCUGUGCAGCUGAUUGAGAACGACCCCUAUGAGAAGCCUGAGCGUCUUUGGCGCCUCCUGGCAGAGCUGGAGCGCUUCCAGGACGUGGUGGGCCGCCUCGAGAAGGCUCCUCCACCAGGGACGGUCAGUGAGCUGGACAGCAUCUGGAAGGAGCUGCAGGAGGCCCAGGAGAAGGACGCCCGGCAGCUGUCAAUCGCCAUUGCCCGCUGCUACUCCAUGAAGAACCGCCACCAGGACAUCAUGCCCUAUGACAGGAACCGGGUUGUCUUGCAGUCGGGCAAGGAUGACUACAUCAACGCCAGCCGGAUCGAGGACCUCUCCUCCUAUUGCCCCACCAUCAUUGCCACCCAGGCCCCGCUGGUUGGCACGGCCUCGGACUUCUGGCUGAUGAUCUACGAGCAGAAAGUGUCCCUGGUCGUCAUGCUGGUCUCUGAGCAGGAGAUGGAGAAGCAAAAGGUGGUCCGUUACUUCCCCACGGAACGAGGCCAACCCAUGGUCCACGGCCCCAUCAGCCUGGUCCUCACCAGCCUCAAGGCCACCCCAACGCACCUGGAGAGGAUGAUCACGCUGCAAUUCCGGGAUCAGAGCCUGAAGCGGACGGUUAUUCAUCUGCAGUUCUCCUCCUGGCCAGAGCUCGGCCUGCCGGACAGCAAAGGGAAUCUGCUCCGCUUUAUCCAGGAGGUGCACAGCCAUUACCUCCACCAGCGGCCCCUCCACACGCCCAUCGUGGUCCACUGCAGCUCCGGGGUGGGCCGCACGGGUGCCUUCUGCCUCUUGUACGCGGCCCUGCAGGAGGUGGAGGCCGGCAACAGCAUCCCGGACUUGGUUCAGCUGGUGAAGCGGAUCCGCCGGCAGAGGAAGCACAUGCUGCAGGAGAAGGUCCACCUCAAGUUCUGCUACGAGUCGGUCUUGAAGCAUGCCAAGCAGGUGCUGCAGAGGCAUGGGGUGACGGCCGCCUCCUCCAGCAAACCGGCCAGCAGCACUGCCCAGAAGUUGUACGUCCAGCAGGAUCCACAAGAUCUGGUGUUGGGGGGCGACAUCCCCAUCAGCUCCAUCCAGGCCACCAUUGCGAGACUCAGCAUCCGACCUCUCCCGGGUGGCGCUGAGCCUUCCCCCAACGGGCGACCGACAGAGCCCCCACCCUCAGCUUCCCUGGCCGAUGCCGCCCUACUCCCGGCCUCUGCUUCUGCAGCUCCGCUUGUCUUGACCGAGCCAGGCUGUGUGGCGAGCGCAGAGCCAACCCCGCCUUUCUCUCCCCCGGCCACGCCUGCCUCGGGAUUGCCCGAGACAGUGGGGCCUCCACCUCUGGACCACAGUGGCCCCAUGGAACAGGAGAGCAACGAGGGCAAGAUGGGGAGCCUGCCAGGCCGGCCAGGGGUAGAGCCCUCGGCCUCCGCACCGGCCCCGCCCUCCUCCUCCUCCCUGGAGCUCCUGGCCUCACUGACCCCGGAGGCCUUCACCCUGGACAGCUCCCUCAAGGGCAGGCACAAGGUGAGCAAGCAAAGCUUUCUCCAGCCCCAGAACGGGGAGGGCCUGCGAGGAGCUCUCCCCAGCGAUGACCCUCUCAGCAAGCUGGAUCCCCUCUGGACACUCAAUAAGACCUGAGUUGAGGAAGAGCGGCGAUACCAGGAAGACGCAGCAGCCACUGCCCCUCCCUCCUCCUGGGCCUUCCUCGUUUCAGGUGGGUACCUGGGGAGGACAGGCGGCGAUCAUGCAGACAGGCCACCUCAGGGUGCCUGUGCUGCCUGCAGCGCCCCUGGAGCACCCUUGCCGCGCUUACAGUUGGCCGAGACCCCGUUGUGAUGCCGGACACACGGAACAGUUUCCAGUUGCCUCUUUCAGUUGACUUUCCUUCCUGCCUCCUUUCAGCCAUAGACAGGGCUGCCAGCUGGGAGGAGGCCUGUUUUGGUUCGCCUCAAUGGCAGCACAGUUGGGGCAAGGCUGCUGCGCCCGUUGGCAUCUUUCUGCCUGUUCAGAAGGUUUCAGGGCUGCCCUUCUGCCCAAGGGGAGUGCAGGGGUUUCGGCCGCUCUGGUCAUCCUAUCCUCUUCGGCCCCCCUGCAGCCGUCUGCCAGAAGAGCUCCUGCCGUGCCCGGGCAGCCUGUGCUGCAGCCGAGGCUGCCUUCAGCCAUGGGCCUCCUAGUGAGUAAACCUGGGACGAGCCAUCGAAGGCUGGGCUGGUGCUGCCUUGCUGCUUGGCCCGUUCCCCACUUGCCCCCCCUUAUGGAAGUUGGUAGGACUUGAGACAGUGCAGUUGAUCCUGCCGAAUUGGGGUGGUCCCAAGCUAAUGGCUCCCAGGUGGGGAAGCAUUGGCUGAUGCCCUGUUGGAUAGAAUCAUGGGGUUUCUCCCCCAGGCUUCCUUAGACUUGCCAGUUUGGUUUUCCAGAGGCUCCAUUUUGGCCGCUCAGGAGUUGCCCCCCAGUUCUCCAGGAAGGCCCGGGCCCUUGCUCCAGGGCCACGGGGUCCCCCACUUGGGCCAGUUCGUCGGUUGCCCUCCAUUGGUGCUGCUGAGUGAUCCACUUGGGGUGGGGAACGGAGGCCCAUUUUAAGCUGGCAAUGGCUGUUGAAAAACUGGCGUGCCUGGUAGGCUGCAGAAGCCCUUGGCAGAAGGUGUGGCCCUGUGAGCAGAGAGGGUGGCACCGCAUGCCCAAGGGAGGGGCAGCGGGACAGCAGCCACGGGGAGCUGAAGAGGAGCAGCGGCAGCAGCGUGAAAGAAGAGCAGCAGGAGACUCUCGGCUUUGCGGCGAUGCCCGUUUGGGACAAGAGGCUGUUGGAGGACCACGCACAACAGAAAUGGCUGCUUUUGCCAGAAAGAGCAUUUUGAGCGGCGAAUUCUCGCUGUCAGCUUGCAUUUGCAGGAGGGGACAAUCUUGGAGCGCUUCUGGUUUAAUUUUUUUCCUUCUGUACAAAUGUAAUAUUCGCUUCCUGUUUAAAACUUCCUGUGUAACUUUUUCAGUUCUUUGCUACUAAGGUGAAUAAAUGGGGCAUUGGA